UGAACCUUUUAUUUCUCACAAAACAUCCCAACGCCAACAUAAAAGAAAGCCGCUCCACUACAGUGAAAAGCUCCGCCACAACCCCCGCCGAAACGAUGGCGUUUCGCGACGGUUCUGUCACAACCGUCCUCAGAGUUCCACUAACUCUGCUCUUCUUCUGCUUUCUCUCUCCUGCAAGCUUCUCUGACGCUACUAUCCCCUCCACGUUGGACGGUCCGUUCACUCCGGUGACGAUUUCAUUAGACACCAGUCUCCGGGGAAAAGCAGUUGAUUUGCCUGACACCGAUCCACGUGUCCAACGCUACGUCACCGGCUUCCAGCCGGAGCAAAUUUCUCUAUCUCUUUCAUCCAAUUACGAUUCCAUAUGGGUCUCUUGGAUCACAGGUGAGUUCCAAAUCGGUAUGAACGUGACGCCAUUAGAUCCGACAAGUGUCGCCAGUAUCGUCCAGUUCGGUACUUUGAAGAACUCACUGAUUCAUACAGCCACAGGAUCUUCACUUGUUUAUAAUCAACUUUACCCUUUUGAGGGUCUCCUUAACUAUACUUCUGGAAUCAUACACCAUGUUCGCAUUACAGGGCUGAAUCCAAGUACUGUAUACUUCUAUCGAUGUGGGGAUCCUUCACAUGGUAUGAGUAAGAUACACCAUUUCAAGACGAUGCCAGUUUCUAGCCCCUCGAGUUACCCCAGCCGAAUAGCAAUUGUGGGUGAUACUGGUCUCACUUACAACACAACAGCUACAAUUAGUCAUUUGGUUCAGAACUCUCCGGAUCUUGUUCUAUUGGUCGGUGACAUGAGUUACGCAAAUUUGUAUCUAACGAACGGGACUAGCUCGGAUUGUUACUCUUGCAACUUCUCAGAUACGCCUAUACACGAGUCGUAUCAGCCACGUUGGGAUUAUUGGGGUAGGUUUAUGGAGAAUCUGACUUCUACAGUUCCUCUGAUGGUGGUUGAAGGAAACCACGAGCUUGAAUUGCAAGCUGGGAACAAGACAUUUGAAGCUUACAGCUCAAGAUUCGCUUUCCCUUAUAUAGAAAGUGGCUCUACUUCGACGUUUUAUUAUUCUUUUAACGCUGGUGGGAUUCACUUUAUCAUGCUUGGUGCCUACAUCGACUUUGGUAGAUCAGGGGAACAAUACGAGUGGCUCAAGAGGGAUCUUGCUAAAUUCAAUAGAUCGGUAACUCCAUGGUUAGUAGUUACUUGGCAUCCACCAUGGUACAGCACUUACACAGCGCAUUACAAAGAAGCUGAAUGUAUGAAAGUAGCUAUGGAGGAGUUACUUUACUCUUACGGUACCGACAUUGUCUUCAACGGACAUGUUCAUGCUUAUGAACGGUCGAACAGAGUAUACAACUACCAACUAGACCCAUGUGGUCCAGUUCACAUAGUGAUUGGUGAUGGAGGUAAUCGUGAAAAGAUGGCGAUAGAGCACACCGAUGAACCGGGUAAAUGUCCCAGCCCAUUAUCCACACCGGAUGCAGCCCUGGGUGGACAAUUUUGCCCUUCCAACUCCACCAUGACUGGUGCGUUCUGUUGGGAUCAGCAACCUCCUUAUAGUGCCUUGAGAGAGAGCAGCUUUGGCCAUGGAAUCCUAGAGAUGAAGAACGCGACAUGGGCACUAUGGACAUGGCACAGGAAUCAAGACACUAACAGUCAAGUUGGAGAUCAGAUUUACAUUGUGAGACAGCCUGAUCUAUGUCCCACUCACAAUGUCACAACCUGAUCGAUGUCCCUGUUAACAAUCGCUAAUCUUGAUGUUU